AUGAAUUACGUACGAUUGCUAGCAUUAAUAUUAUCUAUUAUAAUAUUUGUAAAUGCAACCCCAGCUUAUUUUCCGGAGGAACGGAGUGGUCAUACUGCAGUUUUAGUAGAAAACAAAUUAUACUUUCUGGGUGGGAAAGACAACUAUGGCCAACGAACAAAUGAUUUUUUUUACCUUGACGUUUCAAAACCAUUUCUAAUCACAAAUUUAUCUUUUCUCCCUUUUCAUGACCUUUCUUACCUUUCUACAACUCUUCCUCCACAUCAAAGAGGUACUGCCUCUCUGUGUGGUAAUAAGUCUAUUUAUUUCUUUGGAGGUGAACGUGAUCUUUCAAAUAAACAAGAUUCAUUAAUUUAUACUUUCAACACUGUCUCUCAACAAUGGUCACAUCCAAAAAUCAAUGGUAAUGAACCAAAUAUAAGAAAACAAUUGGCAUCAACCUGUGAUUCUAAAGGACGAAUUAAAAGUGUUUCCAAUCUUACCCCAGAGUCUAACAAUGGAUUUUCUGCUACUAUGUUGAAGGAUGGGAUCAUUGCUUACAUUGGCGGACGGAAUAAUAAUGGUUAUCAUGAUAUGAGUAAGAUUAUGCUGUAUAAUACAAAUACAGCUUCAUGGUCUGUUAUGGACGAUCGAAUUCUAAUUUGGGGCGGUGAAAAUGAUGGAUUGCCGGUAGAACCUCAAUUAGCGGUAUUAGAUUCUCACUUUAUAUGGUCGAUCCCUGAUAUAACUGGCGUAAAGAAUUCAAUUGAGAUUUUACCUUAUUAUGCUCAUACUGCUACUAUGAUUGACGAUUAUAUGGUUAUUGCAUUUGGAUUAACAUAUGAUAAAUUCCAUAAUAUGGAAAUUGCUAGUAAUCGUAUAUUUUUGCUAUACACGCCAAAUCAAUAUCAUUACGAAUGGAAUUCUGUUUUUAUUCCAUCUAUUCUUUCAGACGCUUCCUUAACAAACUUUGAACCACCUCCAAUACCAUCCCCAAUACCACCAAUUUCAUCACCAGAUGAUCCAAUAGAACGACCCACAUUUGCACUUGAUGCAUUAAUUGUUGUGUUAUUUUUGGUUGGUGCUCUUAUUGGAUUUGCUGCAUGGUAUUUAUACAAACAUUACCCCGAGAUUAGAAAUAGAGCUGGAUAUACUUUGUUACCUACCAAUGAUUUUUGGAAUAGAGGAUUGUGGGAAGCUGAUUAA